AUGAACACGUUCGAGCAGCGCCUCCAACAAUUGGCUUCAAGUUCAAACUCCCGCGAAGCAACGCCUCGUCCACCGACCACGACCACUAAUUCUCUUCCUUAUUCAACUCUCGAUGUGUUCACGACAACCCGUUUCAAAGGAAACCAACUUGCAGUGGUCCAUGUACCUUCUUCAUUUUCUCUUCCCGCUUCAGUCCUUCUUUCGCAAGAAACCAAACAAACGAUAGCACGCGAAUUCAACUUCUCGGAAACGGUCUUCCUCCAUGAUGCUCUCGUGGAAACAUCGGAUCGGCGACUCGACAUCUUCACGCUCAAAGAGGAGCUUCCUUUUGCCGGCCAUCCCAUCAUUGGCACCAUCUGUCACGUGUGUCAGAGCGAGGAGCCUCCUUUAGAGAGCGUGACUCUACUUUGUAAAGCAGGACCCAUCGUUGGACGGUAUGAUCCAGAAACGAGAUUUGCAGAGGCAGAGAUUCCACACAAUGUGAGGAUCCAUCAGGCACCUGUAUCGGGCAGAGCAGUUUUGAAGGCUCAGUCGUAUUUGUCCAGAACUUCUGUAGUAACCAACGAGCUUCGUGUGGUCUCGAUCGUCAAGGGACUGUCCUUUGUUUUGAUCCAAUUGCCUUCAAUAUCCCCUCACCUCGAAAAGCUUGAAAUUAGCGGUCAUAGUGUUGAUUGCGAUUCUGUGGAGUUAGAUGAAGGUUGGACACCAUCGUUUAUCGGCACCUAUUUUUACGCAAUCACUUCACAGACCAGUGAAAAAGUUGUUAGGCUAAGGACCAGGAUGCUAGAGCCAAGUGUUGGCGAGGACUCAGCGACUGGUAGUGCAGCAAGCACCCUGGCUUCGUUCCUGGCUCUCCAGGACGGUACAGCGGAAAUGACCUUCUACUACUCUAUUGAGCAGGGUGUUGAGAUGGGGCGGGCAAGUGAAAUUCAAGUGGAAGUGACUUUGGAUGCAACUGGAAAAGCUGUUGAGAAAGUGGUCUUGUCGGGGAGGGCAGUUCAUGUCACGCAAGGAGUUCUGUACCUGCCUGAGAGGACAAGCACGUGA